AUCCACUCAACGAUAGUCAACGAUUUCUGUUGCUUAACACUUUUAUUGAUUCGCUUCCGGCAUCAUGAACGUUUUCGUGACCUUAGUUCUCUUCGGUGCCAUUCUGGCUUUUGUGGAAGCCAUGCCGGUCAAGGACGAAUCACCAUUAACAUUAGCGGAAAAAAGCCACAAAACCCAGGAAAUCUCUGAGCCCGCAACCGAAACUGAUGAGGGCGUACCGGAAAACGACCGCAACACGAAUCUCUCCAAAUCUGCACCGGAAAUCCAUCCAACGAAACAGAAAACGAAGCGCGAUGCCAUCCUUAUCCCUUCUCCGUGUUCAGCUAAAGAAUGGCGUUCGAAUAAAGAAGAAUGUGCACUGCGAGAGGAAAUGUUUGGACACUAAUUUAACGCUCGAUAUUUUCGGUUCUUUGUAUUGCUAAUUUUUGAUACAUAACUAAGGUCGAUUUACGUAUUACAAACUGAAUA